GCAGGAGAAAAACUAUAUUCUUGUGGAACAUGUGGUAAAAGUUUUAUUCAGCCUCAAACUUUAACUGUUCACAUGAGAACCCACACAGGUGAGAAGCUGUUUACCUGUGGAACAUGUGGCAAAGGUUUUAAUAAUCAUAAUAAUUUGAUUGUCCAUAUAAGAUCCCACACAGGUGAGAAGCCUUUUUCUUGUCAAACAUGUGGUAAAUGUUUUACUAUACGUAAAACUUUAACUAUUCACAUGAGAACCCACACAGGUGAGAAGCCCUUUUCUUGUCCAACAUGUGGUAAAUGUUUUACUGUACGUAAUACUUUAACUCUUCACAUGAGAACCCACACAGGUGAGAAGCCCUUUUCUUGUCAAACAUGUGGUAAAUGUUUUACUCAGCGUCACACUUUAACUCUUCACAUGAGAACCCACACUGGUGAGAUGCUAUAUACCUGUGGAACAUGUGGUAAAUGUUUUAACAAUCAUAGUAAUUUUGUUGUCCACAUGAGAACCCACACAGGUGAGAAGCCGUAUACCUGUGGAACAUGUGGUAAAGGUUUUACUCAGAGUCACAGUUUAACUAUUCACAUGAGAAUCCACACUGGUGAGAAGCCGUAUACCUGUGGAACAUGUGGUAAAGGUUUUACUAAGAGUCACCCUUUAACUAUUCACAUGAGAACUCACACAGGUGAGAAGCCAUAUAUUUGUGGAACAUGUGGUAAAGGUUUUACUGAUCAGAGUAAUUUGAUUGUCCACAUGAGAACCCACACUGUCGAGAACCAUUUUCUUGAAGAACAUCUGGUAAAUGUUUCAAAGUAAACAAACGUUCACAGGAACACCGACCUGAUUCAGAACCUGUAGCUGUGGGGAAGUCUUGUUGAUACACGUCAGUUUGAACUAGAUCAACCCAUGGAUGUUUGAAAUACUCCUGACAAAGAGUCUGAUCAGACCCCACCCCCCAAACCAGCCAACCUUUAGAGGAAUCAGAACCAGAUUAAAUUUAG